GCUAGACGUAAAGCCUGUAACGACAAAUGCGGAUGGUCCGCCUCCGGCCUGUAUCACUUCCGCUUUCUCGCCAUCAAGGCGGGCAAUUUGAACGUUUGAAGCAGCAAAGUUCCCGGUUGGCGCGAGCCUGAGUAGGCGACUGCGGCGGAGACUGAGCCCGACCGUACACAUGGCGGAGCGGCGAACACGAUCCGGAGGGGCUGCCCAGCGGUCUGGGCCCAGGACUCCACUUACUAAGCCUUCGAAGUCGUCCAAGCGGAAAUCUGGCUCAGAUCUCCCGAACUCGUUCCCUGAAGUCUGGCCGAGGACAACUCCAGCGGCUCCAGUCAGAAAGGCCAUCGUCUUGAAGAAGAUCGUAGCUCAUACAGUAGAGGUCCCAGAUGUCCACACGGUUCGAAGAAGUCCUAGGAUCUCUUUUAUUUUGGAAAAAGAAAACAACCCUCCGCUCAAGGUGCCCACUAAAGAAGACCUCUUCAAGACUUGUAGUGUCCCUGGUACUCCCUCCAGCACCCCCGUGCUGUACACUCAGAAUGUUGAGCCUGACUCUGGAGAAGCGGAGCUGGACACCAGAGACCUGGAAAUGUCUCAGAAAGUCAGGCGGUCGUACAGUCGGCUGCAGAGCCUCGGCUGUGCCUCAACCUCCACCCCUGGCCGCCGAUCCUUCUUUGGCUUUGAGGGACCUGACGACUUGCCUGGAGUCUCACCUGUCGUGUGUUCAAAGUUAAUCGAGACCCCAAAGGCACCUGCGAAGGACUUGGUUCCAGAUAGGACGAAGGACUUGGUUCCGGAUAGAACGCUCCCUGGAAUCUCUCCCCCAGUUGUGAAAGAGAAACGAAAGAAGAAGGUUCCUGAAAUCGCGAAAUCAGAGCUGGAUAAGUGGGCUGUGGCCAUGAAUGCUGAAUUUGAAGCUGCUGAGCAAUUUGAGCUUCUGAUUGAAUGAGAUGAACUGGGAUGCCCGUCAUUAAGUGGGGUGACUUGGCUGGCUCUCCCCUCUUCCUGUACAUACUGCCUUUUGAGUAGAGCAGGAUAUGUGGGGUCCCGGCCUCUUGUUAUAUUGUGUCUCGUUGCCCUGGACUGUCUACCUCUACAGCGUUGGUGAGAAUCCACUGCUCUGAACCAGAACUGUCAGAAACAGGGUUAGCCAUGGGCUGUCUCUCUGUUGCAUUCAGCCACCAACCAGUAGAGAGGUUUUGUGUUCUGCUUUGGUUCUGUAGAGUUGAGAGAUCUCAAAGACCAGGGAGACCGUUAAAUGCUUAAGGGAGGAUUUUUACAUUGAAUCUCUGGAGUCCGGGAUAUGAAAGGGAGGAAGCAUAAUUGGUUUUUAGCACAGUGACUUAUGUAGGAACUGGCCCGUGUCUGUGCUCUGCUGUUGACAUUGGUGAACGGGGUGCUGCUGCUUACAGCAAAGUGGCUACACUUGAUAGUGUGGGCCUCAGAUGCACCAGUGUAAGCUUUAUAGGCUCUGCUUUGACCUCUUUCCUCGCCCACAUCUGUUUCUUUGAAUACAAGCUGCGUGGCCUCAGCUCUGGACACCAUGUCACCUCAUCUCUCACCUACUAAACAGCUUUUGCUGUGAGCUUAAAACUAUUGCUCUCAUGUGAGACCCCAUUCCUGGGGUUGCUGGGAACGAAAGUGGAUGUAUCAUGGUUUCUAAGGUGCCUGCCUGCCUGCCACCUCUCAGUCAUGGCAAAAGCUGUGCUUUAAAGGCCAUUGGCCUUCCAACCUUUACAAGUUCAUGAGAACAGAAGCUGGGGGGAAUGAGAACUCAGGUAAACUCCUGCUCCACCAGGGUGGCUUAGUGGAUCACUCCUGCAGGCUCAGUCCUCAGCCAUUCCUGUGGGCCUCGAGCUGAAUCAUGCUGAAUUGCUACCAUCACUGCAGACCUACCUGCCUGUGAGGAACUAGUGUGCAGCCUAAGGGAAAGGUGGCUUGAUCUCAAAUAAACUGUGUAGAAGUCU